CCUAUAGAUAUAUAUACACACACACACAUUAUAUCUAUACACACACAUAUUAGCUGGACACAGAGUUCUCAAUAAUACCCAGUUGCCCAUUUUGACCUUACUAUUCCAUACUAAUCCCAUUCGGUCUUGUCCUGUCUUCUUCUUCUUCGUCUUCGUCUUGUUCUGCCCCUCAACUUUAUAUAUAUAUAACAAGUUUAAGCAAACAAACAUAUAUAUCAUCAUCUUCACCUCUCUCUCUCUCUCUCUCAUUCUGUACAAAACGCCCAGAGAGCUUAAAACUUUGGCAUUAUCUUUCUUCUAAUAAUACACCACAAAAGGUGAUGCCUGGACUAGUUAUGGGUGCCUUUAAUGGGGAGAAUUUAGCUUAUGAUACUGAUACCAAUGAGGACUACACAACUCAAAAGGAAAGCUACGCACAUGAAGUCUCACCAAGAAGUCCACUGAGUCCCCAAAGUCCUCAAAGUGACUCCAUGGAUUUGGCCAUGGAUGGAGUUAUUGACACCUCAAUUGAGCAGCUGUAUAACAAUGUUUGUGAGAUGCAGAGCUCUGUUGAUCAAUCUCCAUCAAGGGGUAGUUUUCUAUCGUAUGGCGAGGAAUCAAGAAUCGAUUCAGAAUUACGCCAUCUUGUUGGAGAUAUUGAUGAUGAGGUAACUAAAGAGGUUGUGGUGGAAAAGAAUGAGGAGGGUAAUGGUGUUGACUCACCUAAAGGUAAAGAUAUUCAAUCUCCUGCUAAAAAGUCAACAAAAAAGGGCAAGAAUCGAUUGGCAACUCCUAAUAAGCUUAAUGUGUUGAGAGUGGAUUCUGGGACAUCAGCUAAAUCUAGCCCCAAGAGCAAAUCUUCUCAGGGUAGACCUCCAUUAGAUAAGAAGUAUGAGAAAAGCCCAAGGAAACCUACUGUGGCUUCGCCAUUGAACAAGCAAAGAAUUUCAGCUUUACGCAGGGCAAAGGUUCAGAAUGAAGUGGACGAUCUUCAAGUGGAUGAAUUGGAUAACCCAGAACUCGGUCCAUUUCUGCUUAAACAAGCUAAAGAUAUGAUCUCUUCUGGUGAAAAUUCUAAGAAGGCUCUUGAGGUGGCUCUUCAGGCAUUGAAAUCAUUUGAGAAGUAUUCAAAUGAGAAACCAACUUUGGACCAGGUAAUGUGUUUACACGUUUUGGCUGCAAUAUACUGCAACUUAGGCCAAUAUGAUGAGGCAAUUCCAGUUCUUGAACGCUCUAUUGAUAUUCCGGUUCUUGAAGACGGGCAAGACCAUGCCUUGGCCAAGUUUGCAGGGUGUAUGCAAUUAGGUGACACUUAUGCAAUGAUGGGUCAAAUUGAGAAUUCAAUACUGUUUUACACAGCAGGUUUGGAAAUCCAAAGGCAAGUCUUGGGAGAAAAAGAUCCCAGACUUGGUGAGACUUGUAGAUAUGUAGCUGAGGCCCAAGUCCAAGCAUUGCAAUUGGAUGAGGCUGAGAAGCUGUGUCAGAUGGCUCUUGACAUCCACAGGGAAAAUGGUUCUCCUUCUUCCCUUGAAGAAGCUGCAGAUAGGAGACUAAUGGGACUCAUCUGCGACUCAAAGGGAGACUAUGAAGCUGCUCUUGAACAUUAUGUAUUAGCAAGCAUGGCCAUGGCUUCCAAUGGCCAGGAAAUUGAUGUAGCAUUAAUUGAUCGCAGCAUUGGAGAUGCGUAUCUGUCCUUGUCUCGCUAUGAUGAGGCAGCUUUUGCUUAUCAGAAAGCUCUCACUGUGUUCAAGUCGUCUAAAGGAGAUAACCAUCCAACAGUGGCUUCUGUCUUUGUUCGUCUAGCUGAUUUGUACAACAAGAUAGGAAAGUUCAGGGAAUCUAAAUCACACUGCGAAAAUGCUCUCAAGAUUUACACAAAGCCAAAUCAUGGCAUCCCUUCAGAAGAGAUUGCCAGUGGCUUAAUCGAUGUAUCUGCUAUCUACCAGUCAAUGAAUGAGUUAGAGCAGGCUGUCAAGUUACUCAAGAAGGCUUUGAAAAUGUUUGGUGAUGCUCCAGGCCAACAAAGCACGAUAGCAGGAAUAGAAGCUCAAAUGGGAGUCAUGUUUUACAUGAUGGGGAAUUACUCAGAUUCUUAUAGCACCUUCAAAAGUUCUGUAUCAAAGUUCCGGGCCAGCGCAGAGACGAAAUCUGCAUUGUUUGGAAUAGCACUGAACCAAAUGGGCCUUGCCUGUGUCCAGCGUUACUCCAUAAAUGAGGCUGCGGAGCUGUUUGAAGAGUCAAGAAAUAUCUUGGAAAAGGAAUAUGGCCCAUUUCACCCUGAAACAUUAGGAGUCUACAGCAAUUUGGCUGGCACCUAUGAUGCAAUGGGCAGGCUGAAUGAUGCUAUUGAAUUGUUAGAAUAUGUUGUUGGAAUGAGAGAGGAGAAGCUUGGAACAGCGAAUCCAGAUGUGGACGACGAGAAGCGAAGACUAGCCGAGUUGUUGAAAGAAGCAGGCAGGUCUAGAAACAGGAAAGUUAGAUCUCUGGAAACUCUGCUUGAUACCAAAAGACAAGUUGUUAAAGAUGACAGUAUUGAGGUAAUGUAAUGCUGAUGAAGAUGUAUAUAGGCUCGAGUGUAAUCUAUGUCUUGGUAGAUUAGGUGUUUGGUGCUUCAGUAUAGAUUGUUGAUUGAUUGGCAAGCUUGGGAAAAUAAGAGAAUAAUAUCAAACGGCGAGAAGGAGAUUCUUUUCUCAAUUGUUUAAUAUUAAAGGUGUCAAAAGUUUUCAUUUUUGUAUAAUUUGAUUCAGACAUACGUAUCUUAUUGUUCUUUGUAUUAUGAUCUCUCUCAAUAAAGAAUUGGUGGAGCAUCGUUUUCUCUUGUUGGUGCACCCAAAAAUGCCCAUUACAAAA